GAAUAUCGGUUAUCUCGAAGUCCGAAGAGUUCAAAACCCGGAGGGGACUAUGGAAGCUUCCCAAGAGCAAAAAGCCAUUGAUCCUUCGUUGUCAUUCAUCCCGGACGAGCCGUCUAUGCCUUCGUCCUCAGCGCUUCCCCCUUCCGAGAACGAGUCGCAAAAUGAAGAGCAACCUGCAUUGAAUAUCUCGCACCUUUCUUUCGCGACGCCCCCUCGCAUUUCCAGGUCUGUAGUGUUCAACACACCGCCCCGUCCUGAUGACCUUCCUGAUCUCCCUGACUUACCCACAUCUCCGGAUGGGAGUUUACCAUCCCCUACGGCGACUCGGACGCCCAACCGUAAUACAUUAAUCGAUGGGCCAGGCAUGACGCGCACACCUCAUCCUCCUGGUGGGUGGAGAACUCCAAAGCCAGGCCGCCCACAUCUAGUUCCCGCUACUCCGCAAGAUGAGUCCGGAGUGCUUGAGCCAAACACGGCUGAAGAAGUAAACGGGUCUGCUGUGUCCGUUCCCAAUGGGGCGCGGAACAAACUGCGAGGGGCCCCUACUACACCUGAUGCAGGCUUCCCAGCGCCGACACCUGAACAGGAUGGGGGCAGGAUGGGGGCUUCUACAUCGAUUUCGAAGACGCCGAAACCUCCUGGUGCAUGGGCUAGUACGCCUGUUACAUCCGCGUCCAAUUCGUUACGAAAGGGGAUUUUGAAGGUAAUGGAGGAAGAGCAGGAAGAACUAGUGACUCCCUCAAACAAGCACCGGAAGAGUAUCCCUUCGGCCUUCGGCCCUAACGAGGGAGAUGUGGCGAGUUCGUCCCCCUCUAAGGGAAAGGCAAAACCUUCCAGCAGGGAUUCAUCUCCUCGCAGGCGGAGACCCCGUAUGAAAAUGGUGGAUGCCUUUGGAAACGAAAUUCCAAGCUCACCUGAGAUGCUACCUGCUCUUCGGGAAGAGGAUAAUUCGCCUGCCACCGAGGAGGAAAUACAACUUUUGAGGUCAAUUGCCAGGCAAAUCCCUCUCAUUGCUAAAGAGUUCAACGAUGAAAGCAUGUCCAUGACUGCCCCGGAACCACUGAGAUCGCUCCAAGAAAUACUUGAGGAGAAGGAUCGUACUAUUGAUCUUAAAGAAGCUUCCAAACUGGCCCGGGCGGAGCGUGCGAGGCUUCAUCGCCAGUUGCAACUCCUUCGAAAUGGAGAGGAGUCACUUUCUCAAGAAAUUGGGCGGCUUGAAGGCGUAGUGAGGGCGGCAACGCCUCCGCCUGACCUCGAGACCGUUCAGACUAACCGCCGAUGGGGAAAGUGGUUUGUAAUGAUCUUGAUGACUCAAACAGUUGCCAUCAUUAUCUUCGUAAAGCAUCGUGCUGAGCCUUUUUUCCCCCCGGGGUUCGCAGGAUGGUAUCUCUACGCGCAAGAUACAUCCCUCUAUGAACCUCUCAUACCUACGGGUUGGGACAUAUCCAGUACAUUUGGCCCACACAGUUUGUCCCUUGUGGAUGGGGCAGCCCAUUCUUCGGUCUUGGAUACUUUCUUGCAUCUCGCAUCGGAAAUCUUUUAUUCCAUCUUAGCGUUUUUCUUUGGAAUGAAGACGUUGGAUUUUACGUUACCCCCACCCCAACGGUUACCAUCCUGA